AGCAGCGGCGGUGGUUGCGGCGGGUCCGGGCCCAUGAGGCGACGACGGAGGCGGGACGGCUUUUACCCAGCGCCGGACUUCCGAGACAGGGAAGCUGAGGACAUGGCAGGAGUGUUUGACAUAGACCUGGACCAGCCAGAGGACGCGGGCUCUGAGGAUGAGCUGGAGGAGGGGGGUCAGUUAAAUGAAAGCAUGGACCAUGGGGGAGUUGGACCAUAUGAACUUGGCAUGGAACAUUGUGAGAAAUUUGAAAUUUCGGAAACUAGUGUGAACAGAGGGCCAGAAAAAAUCAGACCAGAAUGUUUUGAGCUACUUCGGGUACUUGGUAAAGGGGGCUAUGGAAAGGUUUUUCAAGUACGGAAAGUAACAGGAGCAAAUACUGGGAAAAUAUUUGCCAUGAAGGUGCUUAAAAAGGCAAUGAUAGUAAGAAAUGCUAAAGAUACAGCUCAUACAAAAGCAGAACGGAAUAUUCUGGAGGAAGUAAAGCAUCCCUUCAUUGUGGAUUUAAUUUAUGCCUUUCAGACCGGUGGAAAACUCUACCUCAUCCUUGAGUAUCUCAGCGGAGGAGAAUUAUUUAUGCAGUUAGAAAGAGAAGGAAUAUUUAUGGAAGACACAGCCUGCUUUUACUUGGCAGAAAUCUCCAUGGCUUUGGGGCAUUUACAUCAAAAGGGGAUCAUCUACAGAGACCUGAAGCCGGAGAAUAUCAUGCUAAAUCACCAAGGUCAUGUGAAACUAACAGACUUUGGACUAUGCAAGGAAUCUAUUCAUGAUGGAACAGUCACACACACAUUUUGUGGAACAAUAGAAUACAUGGCCCCUGAAAUCUUGAUGAGAAGUGGCCACAAUCGUGCUGUGGAUUGGUGGAGUUUGGGAGCAUUAAUGUAUGACAUGCUGACUGGAGCACCCCCGUUCACUGGGGAGAAUAGAAAGAAAACAAUUGACAAAAUCCUCAAAUGUAAACUCAAUUUGCCUCCCUACCUCACACAAGAAGCCAGAGAUCUGCUUAAAAAGCUGCUGAAAAGAAAUGCUGCUUCUCGUCUUGGAGCUGGUCCUGGGGAUGCUGGAGAAGUUCAAGCUCAUCCAUUCUUCAGGCAUAUUAAUUGGGAAGAACUGCUGGCUAGGAAGGUGGAACCCCCUUUUAAACCUCUGUUGCAAUCUGAGGAGGAUGUGAGUCAGUUUGAUUCAAAGUUUACACGUCAGACACCUGUUGACAGCCCAGAUGACUCAACUCUCAGUGAAAGUGCCAACCAGGUCUUUCUGGGUUUUACAUAUGUUGCUCCAUCUGUACUUGAAAGUGUGAAAGAAAAAUUUUCCUUUGAACCAAAAAUCCGAUCACCUCGAAGAUUUAUUGGCAGCCCACGAACACCUGUCAGCCCAGUCAAAUUUUCUCCUGGGGAUUUCUGGGGAAGAGGUGCUUCAGCCAGCACAGCAAAUCCUCAGACACCUGUGGAAUAUCCAAUGGAAACAAGUGGAGUAGAGCAGAUGGAUGUGACGAUGAGUGGGGAAGCUUCAGCACCACUUCCCAUACGACAGCCGAACUCUGGGCCAUACAAAAAACAAGCUUUUCCCAUGAUCUCCAAACGACCAGAGCACCUACGUAUGAAUCUAUGA